AUGUCUCGACUAAAGACUUUCCAUAGCUUUCAACGCCCGUCUCAAUCCUUGCAAACAAAUAUCACUCAAACAUCGGAUAAACCAUGGGAGCAGAUUGGGCCGGGGAAGGAUUACCUUCUCCAAGAGCUCGAGGAUCUUUAUUGGGCAGCUGUCAAGGUCGAACUGGAGAAUAUCAUUCGUACUCUGAAAGUCUGGCAACAGCCGGAGUAUGUGGAUAUUUGUAUCAGCGAUGAGAAUGAUAAUAACAUUCACGGCUUUGACACGUUUCUCGAUCAGGUCUGCCAGGAGUCGAGAGCGUUCGCUAUUCGCUAUGGAGAAACGAAAGUGGAAGAGAUGGUCAACGAGAGAUCAGCGGAGAGAUUCUUGCCGCGUAACCUCUCUUACAAGGAGGCGCUAAGGAGGGUCUUGCUCGAUACUCGCGCGGAGUAUUUUAGUAAAAGAAUCAGAGAAGAAGUGAGGGGGAAUCUUCACACCACUCCCAGACUGUCAGGCGUUGAGCUACGCGCCUGGAUGCUGCUUCAGAAUGCUGGUUUCCUUGACAUUGACAAGCUGAUUGAGCACCGGCCACCAUUGGAUAAACUGGGUUUCUGGAAACGACCAGCCAUCCCUCAACUCACCAUUUCUGACUUCGAUGAACAAUGGGUUCCUCAAUUUGCUCCAAUGCAAUGUGCUGAAUGUAGGGGCAUCAUUCGUGGAAGCAUGUUCAUGAGCCGGAAACAACCCCCAGACAAUAUUGCGCAAAAAGGCGCCCACACCAUCUGCGAAGAUUGUUAUCGGACUUAUCAUUAUGGCGACGAGUCGCUUUCUAAGAGAUACAAACAUUGCGUCCUGUCCGAAUCCAUACAGCCCGCCACAAGCAGAAAGAUGUGCGCAUGUAAAGACGUACCUCAUUUCGAUACAGACGGGCGUCCGCGCAGUUUAUUCCCACUGAACGAAGAAGAUAACCAUAUUGCGUACAAGGCAGGCUAUCGGUGUACCGUUUUAAAGCUCUCGGAAUUGGUUCCGUAUGCAAAAUAUCAAGGGCUUCUGAGUACAGCCAAAUUUAAACGCAAAAGAAAACGUCGUUUGUCUGACAUCCAGUGGAUCUCGAAUAUGGUUGAUCGAUCUCGAGGUAGGACAAACGUGCAACGUGCAGCCACACAGCGAGGGCAGACUCACAAUCAAUCGCCGCAAAAUGUGACUAGACUAAGUAAACAACCAGCAUUGCGGUCCGUGACAGAACAAAGCCGUCAAGGUGACCAGCGUGAUCCUGUGUCAAGUAAAACGAGUGGAGUGACGGAAGCGCAGGCCAACGAGGACAUUCCCCUUUUUUUUCGACAGUUCACUGAGAAAUACCCCUUCGGAAAUGUGCAUAUGGCGUUACGUGUAGGUCCUUUGGUUAUUGAGAACGGUGUUUCCCACACAAAAGCGGGUGCACUCAUUACUAUGAGGGAAACACCGGUAUUGAAUGACCGUUUUACACGCGGGGCUCAUCGACGCAGUCUAGCAGUAGGCGGAGACCCAGAAAGACUUUUAUGGCAGCAAGAGCGACAGGUCGGCCAGCCAAAAAGAUACAAGGCCGUUAUGAAGCAAAUUGUCGGUGCGCCCUUCACAGGGAUUCUUUCACAAGGACAUGAGAGUAAGCAAGAGAGAGAAAUAGUAGAGCUGAUGGUGGCAGCCAGUAAACAGCCUUUUGAUAAUCCCGGCUUGCCAAUCAUGGAAAAGCAAAGGAUCCUCGACGGGGCCAUGAGCUAUAUCCUGGAAAAGCUAAGGAAUCUACUCAACUCGAGAGUCAAGAUCUAUCUUAAUAGCAUUGCACAGCAUCUCCUUGAUCCCGGGAAUACACUAACGUGGAGUGCGACUAGCAAUAACUGUCAGAACUUUUGCAACUCUCUAAUCGACAGCGAGCUAUUCGAGCCCCUGGUCAACGGCCUACAUAUGCAGUCUAGCGAAGCACCCUCGCCGCUCUACCUGAUGAGCUUCGUCUGCCCACCGGAGGGAUACCUGAAUAAUAAAGUCAUCAGUAAAUUCGACGUGCCUAGUGGACUGACUGAGGAGUACCUCCUUCGGUUUCAUUAUGGCCGCCAUGACGAGGCCGACAUAAUUGACACCCUCCAGGAAUACUGGUACGAUUGGGGAGCUUUCGAAUCUCCAUUAUAUAAAUACCAAGAUCUCUUUCCCUGGGACUGCACAGAGGCAUACAUGCGGUAUCCAACUAAAUGCGGAGACUGCAACCUAUCCAAACACGUCUGGGCAUUUCCCUUCGAUUCAUGGUCUAUCAUCGCCCUUCACCAUUAUCGUGAUAAGCACAUGUAUCAGCCCAAGCUAGAUCUAGACUCCAAAGGGACCGACUCUUGGAUAAAAGACCGCCUCACCAUCCUCACCGCGUCGUCGAUACUCGCUCGCGCCGCAACUGCAAUGGCCAAGUCGGCCACAUUCUGCAAAGCGACAGCUUGGCUGCAUUCCAAAGAAAAAGGCCUCCGCCGCAUUGACCCUUCACUCGCCCGAGUGAAACUAGGAGGUAUUCACCGCGCCCAGCCAUUCAGCCAUUACUUCGAAGCAGGGACCUACAGCCACUAUUUCCUGGCCGAAUGGGCAUUAAAAAAGAAAAUGGAUAAGAUAAGGGACUACGAGACUCUUCGCGACGGCCGCGCGAGGCGGCCGGAUAUAUCUUCGCGCAGCGGCGGGAGGUUCUUGGGGACAAGUAGGGAACCUUCGAAUUUCGAUCGAUUAUUCGACGGGUUCCGGGGAAUGGAUGGUACCGAUCCCGACUAUACUGGCUGUGAUGAUCGGGGGCAGAUUGAGACCGAUGCCCAGUUCGAUCAACAGACGGCUGCUGCUAUUGCUGCUGCCCUUAUCGCUGAUUCUCAGCUGGAUUGCGUACAGAAUGCCGAGCAUAUGGUGGCAGAAGCUGCUGCUGCUGCUGCGAACUGUGGGUCCGGCUGCGGGAGUGUUACGGAGCCGUCUCAUGUCUGUGGCUCUUCCUCUUCUGGAGGUGGUUACAGUAGCGGCGGAGGGGGCUCUAGCAGUUGCGGAGGAGGGAGUAGCAGUUGUGGAGGUGGGGGUAGUAGCUGCGGAGGAGGAGGAAGUGGUGGUGGUUGUGAUUAA